AGCAUGAGCGAGCGCGCUCUCCGCAGCCGCCCCGGGCGCGAAUGGCUGGCUGUCUCCGCGGACUCAAAGGUGGCGCCGGUCAGUGGUCCUUUCCGAUGACGGACCUUAACCAGACUGUCAAAUCCUGGGGAGUCGCGAGCCCCGAGUUUGGAGUGGAUUUUGUGUGUGUGUGUGUGUUGGUUUUUUUUUUUUUUUCCCCACCACGUCACAGUCCGAACUGCAGAGGGAAAGGACAGCGGCAGGAAGGCGAAGCCCGGCUCCGGCACGUAGUUGGGAAACUUGCGGGUCCUAGAAGUCGCCUCCCCGCCUCGCCAGCCGCCCUUGCAGCCCCGCGCCGAGCAGCAAAGUGAGACAUUGUGCGCCUGCCAGAUCCGCCGGCCGCGGAGCGGGGCUGCCUCGGAAGCACAGAGGGGUCUUCUCUCGCCCUGCAUAUAAUUAGCCUGCACACAAAGGGAGCAGCUGAAUGGAGGUUGUCACUCUCUGGAAAAGGGUGGGUAAGACACUUUUUAAUUAAAUUCUUUCCCGAAGAUUUUUUUUCCCCCCCUCUUUUCUUUGCUGCAGCAUCUAACAUGGACCAAAUCACCAUCUCUUUGAUCUUUCCGUGGCUGUGAACUUUCCAUGCCGCCCAGCUUUCUGCAUGCUUAGAGAUUUCUGACCGAGCGCUUCCAAUGGACAUUCUCCAGCCUCUCUGGAAAGAUCCUCGCUAAUGGAUUUCCUGCUGCUCGGCCUCUGUCUACACUGGCUGCUGAGGAGGCCCUCGGGGGUGGUCUUGUGCCUGCUGGGGGCCUGCUUUCAGAUGCUGCCCGCCGCCCCCAGCGGGUGCCCGCAGCUGUGCCGGUGCGAGGGGCGGCUGCUGUACUGCGAGGCGCUCAACCUCACCGAGGCGCCCCACAACCUGUCCGGCCUGCUGGGCUUGUCCCUGCGCUACAACAGCCUCUCGGAGCUGCGCGCCGGCCAGUUCACGGGGUUAAUGCAGCUCACGUGGCUCUAUCUGGAUCACAAUCACAUCUGCUCGGUGCAGGGGGACGCCUUUCAGAAACUGCGCCGAGUUAAGGAACUCACGCUGAGUUCCAACCAGAUCACCCAGCUGGCCAACACCACCUUCCGGCCCAUGCCCAACCUGCGCAGCGUGGACCUGUCCUACAACAAGCUGCAGGCGCUGGCGCCCGACCUGUUCCACGGGCUGCGGAAGCUCACCACGCUGCACAUGCGGGCCAACGCCAUCCAGUUCGUGCCCGUGCGCAUCUUCCAGGACUGCCGCAGCCUCAAGUUUCUUGACAUCGGAUACAAUCAGCUCAAGAGCCUGGCGCGCAACUCGUUCGCCGGCUUGUUCAAGCUCACGGAGCUGCACCUGGAGCACAACGACUUGGUCAAGGUGAACUUCGCCCACUUCCCGCGCCUCAUCUCCCUGCACUCGCUCUGCCUGAGGAGGAAUAAAGUGGCCAUCGUGGUCAGCUCGCUGGACUGGGUUUGGAACCUGGAGAAAAUGGACCUGUCCGGGAACGAGAUCGAGUACAUGGAGCCCCAUGUGUUCGAGACCGUGCCGCACCUGCAGUCCCUGCAGCUGGACUCCAACCGCCUCACCUACAUCGAGCCCCGCAUCCUCAACUCCUGGAAGUCACUGACCAGCAUCACCCUGGCCGGGAACCUAUGGGACUGCGGACGCAACGUGUGCGCCCUGGCCUCGUGGCUCAGCAGCUUCCAGGGGCGCUACGACGGGAACUUGCAGUGCGCCAGCCCCGAGUACGCGCAGGGCGAGGACGUCCUGGACGCCGUGUACGCCUUCCACCUCUGCGAGGAGGGGGCCGAGCCCACCAGCGACCACCUGCUCUCGGCCAUCACCAACCACAGCGACCUGGGCGCCCCCGCCGGCUCCGCCACCACGCUCGCCGACGGCAGGGAGGGGCCGCUCGACGGCACCGCGGAGCCAGCCACGGUGGCUCUCCCCGGCGGCGAGCACGCCGAGAACGCCGUGCAGAUCCACAAGGUGGUCACGGGCACCAUGGCCCUGAUUUUUUCCUUCCUCAUCGUGGUCCUGGUGCUCUACGUCUCCUGGAAGUGUUUCCCCGCUAGCCUCCGGCAGCUCAGACAGUGCUUCGUCACGCAGCGCAGGAAGCAGAAGCAGAAACAGAGCAUGCAGCAGAUGGCUGCCCUGUCUGCCCAGGAAUACUACGUCGAUUACAAACCCAACCACAUCGAGGGAGCGCUGGUGAUCAUCAACGAGUACGGCGCGUGCACCUGCCACCAGCAGCCGGCCAGGGAAUGCGAGGUGUGACCGCGCCCGCGGCCCUCCCCCGGUGCGCUACCAAAUACGCGGGGCAGCCCGCGCCGGGCUGGGCCCCCUCGGCUCGCGCUGACACGCUCCCGGACUGAGGCCGUCCGGGGAUCGCUCCCAGAGACUGGACAUUUUAGCUUUAUUGUGUCUUAAAAACAAAAACGAAAUAAAACACAACAACAACAACAACAAACACCCACCCCACAACCUUCAGGACAGUCUGUCUUAAAUUUCAUAUGAGAAAACUCCUUCCUCCCUUUGAAGAUCUGUCCAUAUUCAGGAAUCUGAGAGUGUAAAAAGGUACCAAUCAUUGAUUUUUUUUUUUUUUUUUGUAAACUAAAAUGUUUAAAAAUAAAAUAGCAUUUACAGUUUU